UUUCAAAAAUUCGAAAAAUGUUGUUCUCGUCGAACAAUAAACGUCUCCAAAAGAUUGUUCUUCCAUAUAAUAUCCAUUGCAAAGGCUGCACAACAACGCUGACUCGUCAAGAAGCUCAAACUGGAAAAGUGAUCAAAAUUCAAGACGAGAUGUAUCAUAUUUCAUGCCUGAAAUGCUCGGUUUGUCAGACAGUCAUUGGCAUGACUCCGUGUUAUCCAAUGCCCGCGCCGUACGGUAACGCGCUCCGUUGCGCGGACUGUCACCGGGCGGCCAAGUCACCAAAAUGCCACGCGUGCAAAUUGCCGACUUUUGAGAGAUGCGUGUCGGCGUUCAAUGUCCACUGGCAUAUGGCAUGUUUCAAGUGUAAAGCGUGUCGCCACCCGAUUAAAGGUCAAGAGUACGUGGUUCACCAGGGAUGUGCCUACGAUGAGGAUUGCUAUCACCAUACCAUUCAGAAAAUCGAUAUGGAAAAUGAUCCGGCGAAAUAAAUUUUGCAAUUUU